AUGGCUCUAGUGGAUGGGGCAUUUCAUCUCCACAACGCAGCUACGCCCGGAUCGGCCGCAACCAAUGCUAUUCCUGGAGCCGGGCUUGGCGACCUUAUCUCUGACGCGUCAGGGGGAGAAGAAACCCCGACGAGAAAUCCCAAUAAUGUCCGCUCCUCACCAGCGCCAAGCCGCCUGCCUCCGAUAAUCAGAUCAUUGGCCUAUUCCUCUCAAUCAGCUGUAGCAGAGCUGGUAUCACUUUUGCCUGACUACCAAGCAGCAGCUUUGCUUGUAGAUACCUACUUUGACCGAGUACACUGGUUCAUGCUCAUUUUUCACCAAGAUGACUUCCGGCGGCGGUGGCCGAAGCUUUACAGAUCACCAAACUCGCAGACCUCGCGUUCUUCCCAAAACUUGGGAUUCAUUAGCACCUUUCUGAUGGUUGUCGCUAUUGGUCUCCAGUACAUUGGGGACCAUCGCCGGCAUCUCUUAACCACGUACGGCAUUGACCCAGAUAAGCUCAAAGAACGAAUUUUCUCUGCUGUGAGAACAAGGCUACUGGAUAUAGUUUCUGUAGGCUCCUUAGAGGUCGUACAGAUGUGUGUGCUGCUCGGGACAUACUAUUUGUAUCAUGGUGCACCUCGACUGGCAUGGCCAGUAUGCGGCUGCGGGCUGCGCAUCGCUCAGGCCUUAGGCCUUCAUCGCAAAAGGUCAUCAAGUCCCCAACAGUCAUCUCCGAAGAGUACCACUGCUCGAAAGCAAAAUGAAGCAAAAAAGCGAGCGUGGUGGGCCAUCUAUGAAAUUGAAACGUUCUGUUCGAUGGCAUACGGUUACCCUCUGAGUAUCAAAGACUCCGACUGCGAUGUUGAGCCGCUGGACCCAACAUUUAACUCACCGAUUGGACAAUCACCCUCUUCCUUUGAAGAGCCGCUCACGGGCGAGGCGAGUCUGCUGUCCUACAAAUAUUUCAUGUCGAAAUUAUCUGUUAUUACCAAGGAUGCAUUAUCUGAAUUGUAUAACGUCCGUCUGGAUUCUGCUGAAGGUUCACGGUUACAUCACUCAACCUUGGACCCGUCCUAUGUUAUCGGCAGGGUUCGCACAAUCGAUAUGAAGCUACGGAAUUGGAAUUCAGAGGUUCCCUCCAGGCUACGGUGGGAUAACAUAACUGCAGCGGAUGUUAGCUACUCUUCACCACAGGCAGUUGAUCGGGAUAUUGGUGCAUCGGGACCUGUCUUCGAGAAUCAUAUAUAUCAGCUUCAGGCACUAACUCUCAAACUUGCUUACGAAAAUGCUAAGAUCCUGGUUUAUCGUCCGCUGCUGUCGUACAAGGUCGUUUCACAGUCCAACACUGAACCCAGGGACUACACGGCGUCAACUCCAAGGUCCAUGAGCCCCUUUCGGUCUUCACUGCAGACCUGCCGAGCUGCCGCUAUGAGCAUGGCCGAAAUUGCUUCGCACCCGAUUGUUGAUCUCAUAUCAGAAACCUAUGCCGCGGCCUUUGUCAGCAUCCACACAUUCACGGCUGGUGUAACCCUAGGAAUCCUCAGCAGUAUCGACCCCUUGGGGCCGCAGUCUCGCGAUACCAAGGUCGGGAUGCAUCGUCUCAUGGGCAUUCAGGAGAAACUCACGGAUCGAUCAGUCCUUGCCGCACAGGGUCUCGAGAUCCUUCAGCGCCUAGCCAGGCUCGCGAUGGAGAAGGAACUGAAUGUGAUGCUUGAUGUGUCCAAGCCUAUAGAACUCUCGGGGCCCAGAGAUAAUGAAGGUGACAAUGCAGACAAUGGAUGGAUCGAGCAUCCUCAUCCUAGUGAAAUGCUCGACUCCGCACCAGAUGCUCCUGUGUCUGCAGCAUAUACCCAGCGAUCUGGCGACUUGACUUGUCCCGUCCCUAACCAACAAUCAGAGACUCUAACGGCUAAUUCUACGUACCCGUUCAACAUGGUCAACGAGAACACCCUGCAAUAUAUGGAAGAUCCGACUUUAUCCGAGGCCAUCUAUGAUUUUGAUCAAGCCCUCUCUAUAUACGCCCCUCGAUUAUCAAUGGAUUCUGAAGAGUCAUAUAAUGCGUCGCUUAUCCGCCCCCCUACCGACGAAGGCUUUCCGAUAUUAGAGCAAACGUGGAUUUGGGGCCUGGAAAAUAUUCCACCCUAA